UCGGCGAGAGAGGGUUUAACUUGUGCUUGUUGGACCAUGGGUUCUUCAAUCAUGCGCCCUACGGAUGUCUUCAAUUUGUGACAUGGCAAGCCACAGCGUGACGAUAAUAACAAAUAUUUCACAGAACGAGCAAUCAUGUCGUCGCUGGGCUAUAUAAUUUGGGCAGAGACAGACCAGUCGGGGUUUUAUUCUCCAUCGUUUUUAAACAUUGAACUCAAAACGCCACUAAGAUCUUAAAACUCACCUUGUCUUCACCGACGCUCACCGAGCCCUGUGGAGUAUCGAAAUCUCAAUCUUCACGACAAUCUUCACUGAGAGACUCACUAUAAGUGAACAUCUCACCAUUAUUCCCCACCUUUUACACGAUCGUAUCAAUUGAUUCAUCAUCUCACUCCACUUUCUGCUAAUUUUGUUUUAUGCACAUUGGCUUUGGCUUCACGUUCAAUAUUUAGCUUCACAAUGUCUUCAUCACAGGAUUCUUCAGAAUGGACGAGAGUCGUGCGCAAGGGACGCAAGAACAGACGAAUCAAUACCGAAUCUCACUCAUCGAGACACGCGAAGCCUCAGACGGAAGGUCUUAGGAGUCCGGAGGAUUUGGAGAAGGAUUAUAAGCAGCAUCGCAAGAGAUGGGAGGAGGAAGCGUACUCUUGUCCUCGUCUUCGUGAACUUGUCACGGCGAAGGCGUCGCAUUUGACAGAGAUUGAUAAGGCGGUUCAUUUGGGUGUUGGGACAUUUGAUCCGAAUGACGGGCUUAAUCUGGAUGGCAAGAGAUCAACGUUUGCGCAACUUGCGGCUUUUGAGAUCAUGGUUGACGAACUGGAGAAAAUUACGAGUGGAAAGAUUGAGACAUUCUUCCAGGACCCAGCCUUCAACGCCUCCGACAAAAAGUUUCUCGGGAAUAUCGGCCACACCGUUCUUGAUGAUCCGAAGGGUACGCAGAUGGUCGAUGAGAAGACGCUCUUCUUUGGCGUUCAUCUUUACAGACCUGUGUACAACGAUGCGCUAAAGGGUGAACUUCCUGCGCUGUUUGUUGGGACUGGCUGGGAAGAUUGGGGAGAUAUCUUUGCAGACGAGCAUAUCGAGAACGUGGAGAGAAUGCACAAGGCAUACGAACGCUGUGACUUUCCGCAGGAGAGACUGGAUUGUGCGUUUUCGACGACGAGUAUUUACUGGAAGCCGAAGAGUGAGGAGGAGGGUGAAGCCAAAGGGAAGGGGAUUGUGAUUGAGGAGGUUGAGAUUGAGAAUGGGGAGGAGAAGAAGGAGAGUGAUGAGGAAGAGGAAUUGGUGAAGAAGCUUGAGGCUACCACUAUUAAUUAAUCGUUGUUAGUAAUUGCUAAUUGACGAGUGUUCGUUUGAGUGUGCCGAUGGUCUGCAUCUUGGGCUUCAGUUGCUGGUGGCUGCGAAGACUGUGCGCUGCACUCACUGAUGGGCUUCUCCUCUCAUGCUCAAUUCCUUUAGACAUGCUCUCCUUGAGUAAUUCAAUGUCAC